GCACUUUUUGAACACAUGCUUUUUAGAACUAAAUAAUAACACAGUCAGAUAAGCAAGAAGAAGUUGUGUUGAAGAGGGCACUCACCUGUGGAGCCCCUUUAGGGGCAAAAGAAUGAUGGACGACUCUAUUGAAGACCAGAGAACAGAAUUCACGAGUCCCAGCGGCUAUACUGUCAAAUCAGCUAGAACACAACCUAGGCCACGAAGCGCAAGGAAAGUUGCUUGGAAUGAAGACAGCAGUGAUAAUGCUGGCAGUACUGCCUGUGCCAGUUCUGUAUCCAGCAUGGACCCUGUUCAAACUCUGACAGAUGAGGAGAAGUGGAUUAAUGACUACGCAAAGGAAGACAAGAUCAACGGAGAGAAAAGGCAGAGGAGGGUGACAGAGAGACCGAGGUCAGGCCAAACCAUAUGGCAAAGUAACAAUGACGUACCUCUGAGCAGCACUGACAAGCCAUCUGACGUGAGAGGACAAAAAGAAGAUCACACUGAGGUGCAAGAACUGGAUGACACAGAGUUGGCAUCCACAGAAUGUCUGUCGGUGCGGCCGGGUGGCAGUGAGAAUGGGAGGGAAACACGCCCGCCGAACGCGACGAAGAACGGGAGCAGUACAGCUGAAACCAUUCCGUCCACGACAAUUGGGGAAGAACAGCAGCCCCAGGUGUCACCACAGAAAGCCCAAGAGCCAAUCAAACGGGUGUGGGUGAAAGGCAAGGAGAUUAUCAUGGACGAAGCGUAUCAUAAAAGAGAUGAAGAAAAAAUGAAGGAGUUGAUGGAAAGGAUCCGCUACCCACAUGGUAGGAUUAGAAUGCCACCAGGAAAUUGUCUCGUGUGUGGCACUCAUGGAAAUCCACUGGAUAAUCCAGAAGUUCAGAAGGAUAAAGAACUAUAUCAACUGUGUUUAGAAAGGGAAAACUAUAAAAAGACCAGGGAAGCCGAGAGGGCAUUAACAAAAAGGUAUGCAUUGGAGAUAGAGGCCGCAUUGGGUUCGAAGGCCAUGUCAUACCAGGUAGAAGAUGCAGAGGGAAACUUCAGGCCAGCUGAUCAAGAAAUCAACAGUCACCCCCAUUCACAGGAAGCAGGUACCAUGACAGAGAGCACGAUCCUACAAAGGGUUGUGAGUAAGGUGAGGAGUCUGGUAGGAGGGGACCCGAGAGAGUCUGAUCAAAAUGUUGAAACAGACUCACAGUGCAAAGAAGGCGAAGGUAAAGAAAAAGCAGAGAGAAGCCUGGACGCUCAAGAGUCCGAGAAGCUCGCGAGAGAGCUGAGCGAAUGCAACAUAAGCCGAGAGCAUGACACAGGUUCCGAGUGCAGCGAUGAACUUCCCAACAGAGAGAGAAGUGUGAGGAGAAGGUUUCUUGGAUGGGUCAAUGACAGCAUGAAGAAGAGGUACCACGACAAGAUUGCCAGAAGUCACCAGAGGGAGACUCAAGAGGGACAAUCAGUGUAUGUCUCAGGCUUUCUUGGCAGGACUUCCCUGUAUUUGGGUCUGAGUAGGAUUUCCACGCGGGCUGAACGGGAGCAGGAGAAACGGGCCAACCUCUUCAAGGCGGAGGCCAGGCGAAAGGGCAUGGAGUCCAGGUGGUUUCGAUGGGAGAGAGAGAGGCGCCAAAGGAAAGAGGAGAGGCUGGAAAAAGAGAGGGAGGAGCAGAGUCAGUCCCAGCUGGCCUGGGUUCUGCAGCAGAACGAGAAGGCGGAUAAGAACCUGGAUAACUACAACGGCUCUCAGGAAUACGUCACCGAAAACAGACUCCUGAGGAAGGAGAUGAUUGGCUGGAGUAGGUCAUCGGAGUGAGGGAGAGAAUAAACAUAUUGAGGGUGUGUGGGAUGAGAUAGAUCUAAUUAUUCAACGUUUCAUUAUCAGGCUGGUCACCUCUAAAAGAUGCAUUGCGGCAUCAAUCUUUCAAAAUAAAAUUUUCAUUGAAAGCUGCAGAA